GCUCUCUGCAAUAUCAUAAAAAUGGAUAACAGAUUGGGAUUCAAAUUAGAAAAGCGCAUCGAUUUUACAUUAAAUGUUAACAUAAUUGAGAAUAGCGAGUAUGAGUGCAGAAGGAUCAGCUUUUAUGAAGAUUUGAAUUGUAAAUUCUGUCAAAGGAUUAUUUAAAAUAUAUAAAAAUACACAUGCUUUAUGAAUGCAAGAUACUCCUUUUAUAGGUUCGAAAUCUUUACAUUUUUGGAAUCCUUGAAAAAUAGCAGAGAUACUGCUCCAUAGUAGAUAUCUCAUUAAGGGAGCAGGAAGAAUUUAUGAAA